AUGAAGAUUUUACUGGAGAAAUCGGAAAUACUAGUUAUCGCAAGUAUGAAUAAAUUGUAAUUUUUUAAAUUAAUAAAAUAGAGAAACAUUGUAAAAAUUAAAGAAAUUAAAUUCUAUAACAAAUAAUCGAUAUGGCUAUCUAAGUUAAAGAUUACUUCAAUAAAAUUGAUAAGUUUGUUGACAAUUUACCUAAGGAAGUUUAUAAUUCCAAAGCUAAAGCAUUUUUCUCAUAGAUGGUAAUUAUUCUGCUUUAAUCAUCAAACAUAAUUGAUGUCAUGAAUAGUAAAAUAUCAUCUUAUAAAAAUGCAUAUAAUUAAACUAGGAAAAUAAACUAAGGUUAGAUAUUCUAUUCAAAUUAGUCUAUUUAAAAUUUUGAUUCAAUAAGUUCCUAAUAAGUUAAAGAAAUGAAAAUAGAUUUUCAAGCCAUUCAAUCUGAAUUUUCAUAAAAUCAGAAAUAUUUGGCCUUGGUACAUUCUAUCAGCAUGUAAACUGUUGCUUUAGGAGUUGAAAGUAAUGUUAGCUCUAUCGCUGAAAUCACCAAAAAAAAAAGGCCCUUUCUAUUAAUAGAAGACUAAAAUGAAUUAGAUUUCAUAAAUUCAAUUGCUUUAAGAAAAGUAGAACAGUCUGAAUAAAUUUGCAAAAUAAACGAAGAAGUAAAAGUUCUUAAGGUUUUGUUUAGACAAAAUUAAAUUUUUAGAAGGUCCUUCGGAUGA